AUGGCUGACGAUGAACCUUUCGAUCUAAGAGCUAAAAAGAAGAAAAAGAAGAAAGUUAAGGACGAUACUGCUGAAAACGAAGGUGCUCCAGAAGAAGGUACAGGUGAUGCAACUGAUCAAACAACCCCUACAACAGUAACAAAAGAGAAAAAAGGAAAAUCGGUUGCGUUUGCUGAUCAAGGUGAAGAGAAUAAAGAAAAUCCUCCUGAACAUCAACCAGUAGUUGCUAAUGAUACAUCAGCAGCAGCACCAGGAGCGGGCGAAGAAGAUGAUGCAGAUGAGUUAUCAUUUUUAAAGAAGAAGAAAAAGAAGAAAGCAACAACAGGAAAUGUUGACGAUACUAAGAAAGAUACAGGAGAUGAACCAACACCUGUUCCUAAUGUUAGUUCUGGUGGGGAUUAUUCUUAUGAUGAGUUAUUAACAAGAGUAUUUAAUAUAAUGAAAGAGAAAAACCCUGAUAUGGAUGCACGUGAAAAAAUACGAUUAACAUUAAAACCACCACAAGUAGCACGUAUUGGAACGAAACGAACCUCAUUUUCAAAUUUUGGUGAAAUAUGCAAAUCUUUAAAACGUCAAGAAAAACAUUUACAUCAAUAUCUGUUAGCUGAAUUAGGAACUACUGGUUCUGUUGAUGCUAACAAUGCCUUAACGAUUAAAGGACGCUUUCAACAAAAGCAAAUCGAAAGUGUAUUACGAUCAUACAUUAAGGAAUAUGUUAUAUGUAAAACGUGUCGAUCACCCGAAACACUAUUACAAAAAGAAGAACGUUUAUCUGUGUUGCAGUGUACAAAUUGUCGUUCGAGAUAUUUCGUAUCUGGAAUUAAAACAGGUUUUCAAGCCCAAGUUGGGAAACGUGCAGCUACACGUGCAAAAACAGCAUAA